GAGUUAAAGGUCUUGGAGGUCAAUCAGACUACAGAGUCAGUGAGUUCGGGAAGCGUAACUGUCUGUAACUCCCGUCUGUUCUGGGCAAGAUGAGAGGAGAUUCACAUUUAAGCCCUGAGUUCAAGUCUGGAUAUGUUCAUGAGGACUUUGGCAUGGGACCGUCUUGGCCUGCCUCUAACUGUCGUCUUGGGCUUUGCUCCUCUGUCCCUUUCCAAAGAGGAGUAGAAGUGUCUGGAUUUGGAGUCAUGUCAGUAGCAAGCAGAGGUAAUAAAAACGGACGGCAGUGUUUUGACAGCAUUUGAAGAUUUUCUACUCACUGUUUAUGGUUUUCAUAAGUCUGUAAGAGGAUUUUCCACAGAAGCAAUGUCUUUGGUCCCAGUAGCACCUUAUACAUACACACCUCUGAAUCUACUUAAGGAUGGCACAGUUGUCAAUGUCUGUGGUGUUGUGAAGUUCUUUAAGCCUCCCUACUUAAGCAAAGGAACUGAUUAUUGUUCAGUUGUAACAAUUGUGGACCAGACAGAUGUGAAGUUAACAUGCAUGCUCUUUAGUAGGAACUAUGAAGACCUUCCAGUCAUUUAUAAAGUUGGAGACAUUGUUUGUUUCCGCGGACUGAAGAUCCAAGUAUAUAAAAACGAACUUCAGGCAAUCAGCAAGUAUGGUUUUGCAUCUUUGACAUUUGAUGGUACUUUACUGUCUCCUAUGACACUGCGCACUUCUGGCAAAAACUAUAGCAUCACUGCUCUGGACCACAAUAUGGUAGAAGCCUUGCGGGCUUGGGCAUCCACACAUGUGCCACCUUCCUCCACCCUACUGCCGCUCUCUGACGUCCACCCCAUGCAGUACUGUGACCUGACCUGUCAGCUCCUCGGCAAAGCAGAAGUGGAUGGGACAUCUUUUCUUCUGAAGGUAUGGGAUGGCACCAGGACGAAGUUUCCCUCUUGGAGAGUCUGCAUCCAAGACCUUGUGCUCGAAGGUGACUUAAGUCACAUCCUGCGGCUACAGAAUCUGGUGAUAGACGUUGUAGUUUAUGAUAAUCAUGUCCAAAUGGCAAAAUCCCUGAAGAUUGGAAGCUUUCUUAGAAUCUAUAGCCUCCAUACCAGACUUCAGCCAGUUAAUUCGGAGUCCAUGACUUCACUGGUAAGGUUGGAAUUCCAUCUUCAUGGAGGGACCAGCUAUGGUCGGGGGAUCAGAGUCUUACCAGAAAGUAACCCUGACGUAGAUCAGCUGAAAAGAGCUUUAGAAUCUGUAGAUUUGGCAGCCAUUCAGCCCUCAAAUGAUACCUGUCAAUCAGAAGAUGAAGACGACUGUUUAACAUCUUCAAACUCUGGCUCAGACCUGGUUUCACUGUAUGCGGUAGAAAGAUGUCAGCAAUUCUGUGCUACAAAACUUAUAGAUCACCACUAUUUAGAGAAGACACCGCUGCGUGCCAUUUUGCAGCAAAGAGCUCCUCAACAAUAUCGAAUCCUAGCAAAACUGAGAUCAUAUGAGCCCAGAAGACUUUUCCAGUCUGUUAAACUUCUUUGUCCUAAAUGUAAUUCAUUGCAAGAAGUUCCAUGUGAGGAAAACGUGGAUAAAAUUUUUCAAGAUGCUGCAACUAAAUCUCCAGAGAGCAAACUGCAAGGUACGUCAUUGUAUGACUCAGAGGUCUGGACCACCAAAGGUCAAGGAGGACGUCAUGUUGCUGUCCAUUUUGUGAAAAACGAUGGCAUCCUCCCUCUUUCAAAUGAAUGUCUAAUUUUGAUAGAAGGAGGACGGCUCUGUGAAAUCUCUAAACUGUCAAGCAUGUUUCGUGGUGUGAUCCCUGUGAGGUCCGGCCCUGAGGACCUGGAGCUCCUAGACCUGGCAGCACCAUUCCUCAUACGAGGAAAGGUGUGUCACUAUGGAUGUAAACAGUGCUCAAACUUGAAACCCAUACAAAACCUAAGCACCAUUCCUAGUAAAGGACUGAGGAUUCCUUCUUCUGUGGCAGAAGUUUUGGGCAUUGUUCCUCUGCAGUAUGUGUUUGUCAUGACGUUCAGUUUUGAUGAUGGAACAGGAGUAUUGGACGCUUACCUUAAGGAUUCUGAGAAAUUUUUCCAGAUCCCAGCAUCCGAAGUCCUCACUGAUGACAGCCUUCAGGGGAAUCUGGAAAAGGUCAUGAAUGUGAUUUGUCCUCCGGGAAUAAAAAUUGAUGCAUACCCGUGGCUCGAGUGCCUCGUCAAGUCCUACAACGUCACAAGCGGAACAGAGCAGCGCAUAUGUUACCAGAUAUUCAACACCACGGUCGCGGAAGACAUCAUCUAGUGCGACUCUUCGGUGCCGUGCCUGGGGUUACAGUCACAGCACACGUUGCUGCUGUUAAAGUACCUUUAGAUUUUCACUACAGCUUAAGUUCUUUUGUACAGAAAGACAUUUCUUGUGAAUAUGCUACAACACCUGUUGUUCAACAUGCCUAGGGUUACUACUACAGUCACAGACAGGAGCACACUUUGUGUGGGGACCAAACUUUCAUUCUUCUUUCCGUCCCUGCGGGAGAGCUCUGUUAUUUCCGCCCCUGCGGGAGAGCUGUGUUAUUUCUGUCCCUGCGGGAGAGCUCUGUUAUUUCCGCCCCUGCAGGAGAGCUGUGUUAUUUCCGCCCCUGCGGGAGAGCUCUGUUAUUUCCGCCCCUGCGAGAGAGCUGUGUUAUUUCUGGUGGACCCCGAGGCUCCGUCUCCCACCGAGACGCUUGUUUCUAUGCUGCCACCCACUGUCCCCUCGUUGGGUUUCUUUUUCUAUCCUGAGUUUUACACCAGCACUUGAUGUUAAUGUGGGUUUAGAUGAGAUAUUCUUGAGUUCUUGUGUUCACUGAUAAAACAGUGGUGGCUACUUUUCUCUCAACCUGUUCCAUUUUCCUUUAUUUAUGCACAGAGGAAGUGCUUAGCCAGUCCUGGGAAGGAAGUCUCCCUGUACCUUCACACGCACGUGUUUGCUUGAGUUCAGCUGAACAAAUGUUUGUCUGAGUGAGCUAUGAUGUACUAAAGAGAGUGUUUGGUUUAGGGAAGAGUGGCGGAGUUUUAUUUGCUGCUUAAGUUGCCCAUUUUAGGAUGAGUCUGUCACUUUAAACCAGAUGUAUUUGAUACUACUUCUCUCUGUAAAUAUUCCAUCCUAUACCAGCUAAGAGGUGAUUAAAUUUAGGAUUUUUCUUAGCUGAAAAAGUAUUAUAUUUUUAAUAGCCUUAUGUAAAAAUAUUCCUACAUUGCAAUGAAUGAUAUGCUUUUUAACUCAGUGUUUAUCAAGUUUAAAAUCAUGAGUAGUCAAUUACUUCUGCACAAACAUGUACAUAUGUGUUUAUAUGCAUUUGUGUAUUUGCUAAAAAUAGAGGGAUAACAGAUCUGUGUGCUUAAAAUAGUAAGAAAUAAAUGCAUGUAUUUCUACAGCUUCAGUGAUUGGCGGUGAUAUGAUAUGGUGAUGUGGCUACUGUAGUUUGAAUCUUGACUGUCCUUCAGGUGGUCAUAAAUUAAAACCAUGGCAUCAUUAGGGGUUGUGGAUAACUUAAGGUAUGGAACUUGUGGAGGAAGUUAGUUUGUGGGUGGCAUGCCCUGGUCCUGACUACAUCUUGUCUCACUCUUUCCUCCUGCCAUGAGGCAAAUGGGCCUUCCCUGCUUUCUGUUACCCGACUAUCGUAUCAGACACAGGCCCAAAAGAGCAGGGCCUAAUACCAUGGACUGGAAAUUCUGAGACCAUGGGCCAAAUUAAAUGCUUCCUCUUUAUAAAUGUUUUAUCACAGUAACAGAAAUCUAACUCGGCUAUAGUGCUUGUAGACCAGUUACUGGAACUGUCUGCAUUCCAGAUGCUAUGCUCAAAUCUUCACAUAUUUAAACCUCAGAACAACUAAAUAAUCUAAUAAGAUAGCUGAAUCCUCUUGGAAAACGGACUUCAAUACAUUCAUAUGUUCCUCUGUGCUGGAGUUAUGAGUUGAGUACACGCGGUCUAUACGAGUAGCCACCCCAGCCAGGACUCUUGAGGUGAGGAUGCUGUGAGCCAUACUCCAGACAGCUGUAGGAAAUACCGAAAGGAGCCACUGUGCUCUCCUGCAUUACAGAAGUCACCAUAGAUGACUCAUUAUAGAAGUCACCAUAGACCAGGAGAGACAGCAGCCGGAACCUUCAUCUAGCGAUGGAUGGAGAUAGAGACAGAGACCCACACUGGAGCACCGGACUGAGCUCCCAAGGUUAUAAUGAGGAGCAGAAGGAGAGAGAACAUGAACAAGGAAGUCAGGACCAUGAGGGAUGCACCCAACCACUGAGACAGGGGGGCCGAUCUAUUGGGAGCUCACCAAGGCCAGCUGGACUGCUACUGAAAAAAACAUGGGAUAAAACCGGACUCUCUGAAUGUGGUGGACAAUGAGAGCUGACGAGAGGCCAAGGAGAAUGGCACAGGAACUUUCAUCUGGCGAUGGAUCGAGAGAGAGACAGAGACCCAAUUUGGAUCAACCGUCUGAGCUCUUAAGGUCCAAAUGAGGAGCAGAAGGAGGGAGAACAUGAGCAAGGAAAUCAGGACCACGAGGCGUGCACCCACCCACUGUGACAGUGGAACUGAUCUAUUGGGAGCUCUCCAAGGCCAGCUGGACUGGGACUGAAUAAGCAUGGGUUGAAACUGGACUCUCUGAACAAGGCGGACAAUGAAGGCUGAUGAGAAGCCACGGACAAUGGCACUAGGUUUCGAUCCUAAUACAUGAACUGGCUUUGUGGGAGCGUAGCCUGUUUGGAUGCUCACCUUCCUGGACCUAGAUAGAAGUGGGAGGACCUUGG